AUGGGUGUUGCCACCCUCGUCGCCGUUCUGCUGGUGCCAACACUGGGUGUGAAGCUCCAGGUCGAGCAUGAGAAGAGGGCAGACUGCAAGAUCUUCGCGAUGUGGGACUACCACGCGGGCAAGGUGCCCUUCUUCAUCCAAAAGGAUCUCGAGUCGUGGGCCCUGCAUUCUCAUGGCCGCUGCGGCAGCCCCGUACUCAUCAAUGACACCAACAUCGCCGACUACAUCCCGGAUCUUCCCGAAGAGUACUUCAGACUUCCGGACCAUGGAUCUCGCUCGGAUGUGAUCCGCUACGCGCUGAUCUACCACCAUGGAGGCAUCUACAUGGACACAGACAUCCUGGUGCUGCGGGAUUUGAACGAGGUUAUCGACAAGGUGGCUGACGACUAUGAUCUCAUCUCCUACUCACAGAAGAAGAGCUGCAAAUCGUUCAGCUCCAACUUUCUGGCUGGCCGGAAGCACAGCGCCUUCAUGAAGAAAGUUUGGGAGGCGCAGAAGAAGGCCAUGACCGACCACUGCACCUCUCACGACGAUCGCGACACCAAGGUGUGCUGCCCCGCAGAUCCCAAGAAGAAGUGCCAUGUGCACUGGGGCGCCAUCGGCGAGAUGGUGUCCCACCCUGCCUUCGACGAGUUUGCUGCCUCCAACCCCACGAUGAAGAAGCAUUGCUUCGCAGAGGAGGAUGGCGAGUCCUUUGCCCCUGAGGGUAUGGGCACGGUGCUCUUCACCAAGCGCAAGCUAAACGACGCCCUGCCCUUUUUUACAGGGAUCAAGACGAAGAAACCAAUGGAUCGGCUGGCCUACCACCUCUUCAAUGCGCAGGGCUUCCAAAGGGAGUACGCGGGAAGCGCAAUCUUUGACUCAACCCUCUUCGUCGGCGCGCUCUACCGGAAGAGUUUGGGCAACGCCUCCGCGCCACCCAAAGGGCCUGCGGACGAUGGCCCCGCCGAGUACUGUGCGUCAGAGGGCGAGGUGUGCCCAUGCUCUGGCAAAGUCUUCUUCGGGCGGAAGUUUGACAACGACAAGGAUGGCGACAAGCUGGAACUGUCUGAGAUGGUACUGGCACAGUACCGCAUGCAGGAGGUCCAUGGAGACAUCGCCUGCACCACCUCUGGAUUUCAGGGGGAUCCUCAGAUCAACCGGCCAAAGCAGUGCCUCUGCCAGGCCAUGGUGGGCGGGCCGGCUCCGAAGAGUCCAGCGGAGGAUGGCCCAGCGACCUUGUGCGCGAACGAGGGGGAGAUGUGCCACUGCCAAGGGAAGGCCUACUACGGCCGCAAGUUCUCGCUGGGCAAGGCGCCACGGAUCUUGAGCUUGGCGGAGACGGUCAAGUCCGUGUACCGCGCGCAGCAC